CUGGUGCCGGCUUCUAAUCGAAACAAGAAACAGUUUGGUAGAAAGUAAGUGUAAGGGAACAAGAACUGAAUGAUGCCUCAAUUCGUUCCAGUGCAGCCAGAAUGUGGCCCAGUCUGCCUUCCUAUCAAGACAUUAGAAGACCUUAGUGUAUGGCAAAAAGAAGAUCACCAACACUAUGUGUCUACUGUCCCAUUCACUGGUCAACCACGUCCAGAUCGUCCAAGGACACUUAUCUGCCAUGAUAUGGCUGGAGGCUAUCUCCAGGACAGGUUUGUUCAAGGCAGUGAUGACUGCAAUAGCUAUAGGUUUUUCCACUGGCAGUCCAUAGAUACAUUUGUCUACUUUAGCCAUUACUUUAUCACAAUCCCUCCACCAGGCUGGACCAAUGCUGCUCACAGGCAUGGAGUGCCAAUGCUAGGUACUUUGAUCACAGAAUGGGAUGACGGAGCCUCCAGGUGUAGGAGCUUCCUCAGUUCAGAGAAGGCAUACAUGGAUUUAGUAAAGAGGAUGGUGGAAAUAGCUACAUUUUGCAACUUUGAUGGCUGGCUUGUCAAUAUUGAGAAUGAGAUUAAGAAAGAUGAGGUGGGCCACCUGAUUGAGUUUGUUCGACAGCUUACCAAAGCCAUGCAUGAUGUCAAUCCACACUCACAGGUUAUUUGGUAUGAUAGUGUUAUCACUAGUGGAAAGCUCAAUUGGCAGGAUGAGCUUAACGAGAACAACAGUGCUUUUUUUGAUGUUUGUGACGGGAUAUUUCUCAACUAUACUUGGACAGAAGAGAAGCUCAGGAAUUCUUUUGCCAGAGCUGUUGCCAAGCAGAGGCCUCAUGAUGUGUAUGUUGGUGUUGAUGUGUUUGGCAGGAAUUGUUUUGGAGGAGGAGGUUUCAAUACCAAAGAGGCUGUCACUGUGGCCAGGAGACAAGGUCUGUCUGUUGCCAUAUUUGCUCAGGGUUGGGUCUAUGAGAAACUGGGCAAGGAGGAGUUUACAGAAAAUGAAAAUAAGUUCUGGAGUUUCCUUCAUGAACACUGCGCUGUCCAUCCUGUUGUCAGAGACCUACCGUUUGCUACCUCAUUCUGCCAGGGUUUUGGAAACAGUUUCUUUCAGUGGGGAGAGAAAAUGUCCACCACACCGUGGCAUAACCUCAGUCUACAGCGUCCCCAGCCCACAUUCACCAAUGAUCAGUUUACUCAAGAACGGAAACAACAGCACAUGAGCCUGUGUACGGAUGCUGCCUACAUUGGAGGGUCUUGCCUCAAGCUCACUGGCAUGCUGCCUGCAGAUGGGUCAGACAUUAUUUUCAGAUUAUUUGCUGCAGAAGUUUCCAUUGAAAGCAGUCUGGUGAUAACUUAUACAGUGAAGGCUAUCCCAGGUAUGUCCACCAAUGUAUUCCUCAGGUUGACAGUUUUGAAGGAUGGUAAAACAAAGCAUGUUAACUUUGGGAAUAAGAAGGAAGAAUCAGUGAAUAUAUCACUAGGAGAAGGAGACCAAAGUGCUGGAAAUGCUAGUGAGGUGUCUGACAUGGUCAAUAAAGAAAGUCUGCAGGGGGAAGAAUUACCAAAUUGGCACAGAAUGGCUCAGUCACAGAACCAGUGUGGAUGGGAGACAAGGGUUUUCAGACUUGAAGAGUCAGAGCUGUUUAGUGGUGGAGUUAUAACUGAGAUAUCUCUUGGGAUGUGUGCAAAACAAUCUUCUGCGCUACCAACAGAAGCAGGCAUCUUUCUGGGACAGAUACAGAUAUUACAGCAGAAAGAUUGUGAUGAGAUAGAAAGCCCAACCUUGUUACAUACCAAAAACAU